GUUCCGUGGCGGGUCUUCGCGGCGGUCGGUUGACAGCGCUGGGCUGAGGCGAGCAGUGAGGAGGGAAGAGGAGCAAUUGGGGCGCCCGGCGGCCUUCACCCUAAUUUCAAGCGACUGGAGGUCUCCGCGUGGAGGGCGCAGCUACUGGGACGUGUACUACGGGGGUGCCGCCCUGACCCGCGGAGCCGCCCUGACCCGCGGAGCAGGAGCUGAGCUUCCGGCCUCCCUUCCCUACAGGAUUUCCCCGUGAAGUUCGGCGGGACCGGGUCUAGCAGGCUGUGUUUGCAGAUUCUGGAAAAGAAGUAUUUUCUGGACUUGAGAAUUUCAGAAGAGAGGUGAAAGAGUACAUUGCAACUUUGAAUAGAGUCUGUAGUCAGGGGUACUGACCAGAUUAAACCACAGGAAGUGACCUGUUGAGAAAAGUGACACAAACGUUGGAAAUAACCUACUGUUUUGCACCAAGGGAGGGACACAAUGUCACAAGUCACAACCUCUUAUUCCUAUGAUGCUCCAAUGGACUUCAUCAAUUUUUCAUCUUUGGCUGAUGAGGAAGAUACACAAAACAUAGAUUCCUGGUUUGAUGAGAAGGCUAAUUUGGAGAAUAAGUUUCCUGGGAAGGAUGGUACAGGAGGGCUUUUUCAGGGUAAAACACCUCUGAGGAAGGCUAAUCUUCAUCAAGAUGUCACACCUUUGAGGCCAGUUGAUAAUACUUACAACAAACAGGCAGAAAAAGAAAAUCUGGUGGAAGAGUCAAUUCCAUCAAAUGAAUGUCCUUCUAUGAAAGUCAAAAGAACCACAUCAAGAAAUAAUCCAGCUCAGCCUCAGAGAAGAUCUCUCAGACUCUCUGCUCAGAAGAAUUUGGAACAGAAAGAAAAGCAUCAUGUAAAAAUGAAAGCCAAGAGGUGUGCUACUCCUGUAAUCAUCAAUGAAUUUCCACCCUCCAAAAAAAUGAAAGUCUCUCACAAUAAAAAGAAGUUAGAAGAAGAGGAAGAAGGCAAUGCUUGUCAAGAUAUUUCUGAAAAGAAUGAAUCUUCCCCAGAAAAAGCCAAGGGCAGACAUAUUGCGCCUUGUAUCCCACCUGUAAGGCAGAAGAUUCUAAAAAGUACUGAGGAGCAAGAGUUGGAGAAGAGAGUGAAAAUGCAGCAGGAAGUCGUAGAGAUGCGGAAAAGGAAUGAAGAAUUCAAAAAGUUCGCUCUUUCAGGAGCAGGGCAACCUGUGAAGAAAUCAGUGAGUCAGGUUACCAAAUCAGUUGACUUCCACUUCCGCACAGAUGAGCGGAUCAAACAGCAUCCUAAAAACCAGGAGGAGUAUAAGGAAGUGAACUUUACAUCAGAACUGCGAAAGCAUCCUCCAUCUCCUGCCCGAGUGACUAAGGGAUGCACCGUUGUUGUGCCUUUCAAUCUGACACAAGGAAAGAAAAGAACAUUUGAUGAGACGGCUUCUACAUAUGUUCCCCUUGCACAGCAGGUCGAAGCAUUCCAUAAACGAACUCCUACCAGAUACCACCUGAGGAACAGGAAGGAUGAUAUUAUGCCAUUACCCUCCAAAUCUGUGGUCAGAAUAUGCAGAGACCCACAGACUCCAGUGCUGCAAACCAAACAUCGUACACGGCCUGUGACCUGCAAAAGUGCAGCAGAUCUGGAAGCUGAGGAGCUUGAGAAGCAGCAACAAUACAAAUUCAAAGCGCAGGAACUUGAUCCCAGAAUUCUUGAAGGUGGGCCCAUUUUGCCUAAGAAACCGCCUGUGAAGCCACCUACUCAGCCUGUUGGCUUUGAUUUAGAAAUUGAGAAAAGGAUCCAGGAGCGGGAGUCAAAGAAGAAAUUGGAAGAGGAACAUUAUGAAUUUCAUUCCAGGCCCUGCCCUACUAAGAUCUUGGAAGAUGUUGUGGGUGUUCCUGAAAAGAAAGAGCUUCCAAUCACUGUUCCAAAGUCACCAGCCUUUGCUCUGAAGAACAGAAUCAGAAUGCCCACCAAAGAAGAUGAGGAAGAGGAGGAGCCAGUAGUGAUAAGAGCUCAGCCUGUGCCAUAUUUUGGAAUGCCUUUUAAGCCCCAGAUCCCAGUGGGAAGAACUGUGGAAGUAUGCCCUUUUUCUUUUGAUUCCCGAGACAAAGAACGUCAGUUACAGAAAGAGAAGAAAAUAAAAGAACUCCAGAAAGGAGAGGUGCCCAAGUUCAAGGCACAUCCUUUGCCUCACUUUGACACCAUUAGCCUGCCAGAAAAGAAGGUGAAGAAUACUACCCAGGUUGAGCCAUUCUGCUUGGAGACAGACAGAAGAGGUGCCCUGAAGGCACAGACUUGGAAGCACCAGCUGGAUGAAGAACUAAAACAGCAGAAAGAAGCAGCUUGCUUCAAGGCUCGUCCAAACACUGUCAUCUCCCAGGAGCCCUUUGUUCCUAAGCGAGAGAAAAAAUCUGUUAUCGAGGGCCUUUCUGGUUCUCUAGUUCAGGAACCUUUUCAGCUGGCGACAGAGAAGAGAGCCAAGGAGCGGCAGGAGCUGGAGAAAAGAAUGGCUGAGGUGGAGGCCCUGAAAGCCCAGCAGCUAGAGGAAGCCAGGCAGCAGGAGGAAGAGCAGCAGAAGGAGGAGUUGGCCAGACUACGGAAAGAACUGGUGCACAAAGCAAAUCCAAUACGAAGAUACCAGGGUGUGGAAGUCAAGUCCAGUGACCAGCCCCUGACGGUGCCUGUCUCACCCAAGUUCUCUACCCGAUUCCAGUGCUAAACUUGGCUUUGAGCUGCAGAUACCAUCUGGGAACCUGAGCUGCUUUUUCCAUCAAACCAGGAGCCGUCUUUGUCAUGGGGGCAUAGAGAGAAUCCAUUUCUUCAGGCUUUUUCCUACCCGUGCCUGACAGAGCAUGCCUGACAAGUGUGGACUCCCUAUUUCAUUGAGAGUUGUUUUCCUAUAUUAUCGUGGCUAAUAAUGAGACUCAACUCAUGUAUGUCUCAACCAGACUCUUUGGAACCAUCAGUAUGAUGGUUGACCUUCAGUAUGGACCUUAAUUCUGACUAGAAUUUAAGCCUCUGUAUCAGCGCAGUAUAAUUUCUAUUGCCCGUAUCCCAUCUCUCUCUCUUUCUAUUUUAAUCAUAAAAUAAACAUAGUUGAAUACUGAGAGAUUUAAGUCAUGGAUUAAAUUGGAACCAUCAGAUUCUUUCCUCUUCUCUGUGCAAAAUGAAUUUAGAGUUAAGGAGCCCAUCACUGUGAGUGGGGAAGCCUCAUGAACCGCCUGACGAGGAAGAGACUUGACUGACUGGAACCUCACAGUGGCCAUCAGCCGGCUUCAGGCAGGGCUGCUGUUCAGACAGAUUCUUCCCCUGUUGGUGCUGAAGAUAACGGAACGCUGAGCAGUGCAUGUGUUAAGUCUUCCAGUGACCUGAACUGGAAUUAACGUUUAUCUUUCCCCUCCUUCCCCACAGCCCCGAUUUUUUGUUAUUUGAUGUUUCUACAUCUGCCGAGCCCCUUUAGAGGUCACAUCUUAUUGGGGAAGUGGGUACUGUGAGAGGAGAGUCCAGGAGCUUUUAAAAGCAUAGGCUCGGUCCUUAAAGGAAAAGUGCUCUUUUCUGUCCUUUGUCAGAAUCCUUCCAUUGUUUGUUAACUCCCUCCUAGGAACAACUCUGGAAGCCUGUUAUUCCUCCGAAACAGACUGUGCCUUCUUCAAAUGUGUUCUUUCUCAUCUGGUAAACUCUUCCUUAUGAAAUCCUUCUCAUAAAUCUUUCCUUGACCGUCUGGUCUCGUCCGGUGAGGAUGGUAACUUCCUCCUUUGUGCCUCCCAGGUGUUUCUUAAUGUAUACGUCUCUAGUAGAAGAGACGUAGCCCACUGAGCUACGUGGGCUUGUUUACAAACUAGUAGAGAUGUAGAUAACUAAAAUUAGGUUACUUCUUGAAGAUAAAAAUAAGGAUAAUCAUAUCUGUGGUCCUUGUAUUCUGUUAGCACAGAAUUUGCUAGGUUCAUGUGAAAUAGUUUGUUUUCUUUUAGACUUGAUAUCAUUUAUAAACUCUUACUCUGUACCAGUCUUACUUCUGUGCCACGAGUUAAAGGCUGUAUCCAUAUUCUGCUGAGGCCAGUCAGUCCUAGGCAGUAUGUACGAUACUGGAUCUAUUUUAUAUUCCUUUUGUUGAUUCAUUUGGUGAGCAUUAUCUACAGUCCAUUGCAGAUUUAGUGAUGGGCAACAAAGCGAGGUGGUGUGAUUUGCAGGUCCCUGGGUCUCCUGAAGGCCCACAGACUGAUACAAAGUGCAGUUCUUUUACUCAUUUCCUAGAGAUAUGUGGUAUAUAGUUCCGUAACAACUUGUGUAGUUCAUUUACGAAAGAUUGAUUUGAUGCUAGUUAUAUAUAUGUUGGCAUUGUUCUAGUCUCUGGGCAUAUAAGCAAUGAACAGAAAUAGAAGACCUUGACUUUAUGGAGGUUACCUUUUAGAAGGGAGACAGACAAUAAACAAGUAACUGUCCUCUUCUGUCAGGUGAUAAAUGUUUCUCUGACUGACUGCUGUGUGGAAAAUAGACUGAGAUGGGGAUUUGGUUGGGGGCAUGUGAGAUUGGAAACAGGAAGGAGUGGGAGGUUCUUGCUGUUGUCCAGGUGAGAACUGGUAGUGGCUUGGGCUAGAGUGGAAGCAGUGGAGGUGAUGAGAAAUGGUUGGAUUCUAAAUGGAUUUUCAAGCUGUAACUGACAAGACUUGCUUACUGAUUGGACAUGGAGAGAGUAGAGAAGGGCAUUCAAGUAUCCACCUCAAACAGAGAGAGAGUUCUCCAGGCCUUGUGCUGUGAAAAAUCCAGUUCUACCCCAGUCCUUGUAUCUCUCGUGGAUUCUCAGGGGAUGAGGAGGAUUCUCAUGUUUCUUGUCACCUUUCUGAUUUUUCUACCUCUAGUCAUGUUGAUCCCCUCUCUGUGUUUGUCCUUUUCGACUUUUCUCCUUCCCGUGUAUCAGCAGUUCUCUUAACAGUUUGCUAUCAUUCAUAUAGUACCAUCUAAAAUCAUUUUUUCGUAUAUUUUGUCCAUUUAUUGUUUCAGUUUCAGAUAGAAGAAUAAAUCUGGCCCUCAAGUUGAGAAUUUUAGAGUGUUGUCAAGAAUUGUGGACCUGUGGGAUCCUUCCACCCCGUUUGCUCCAGCCUGGAUUACCCGCUCUGGACAUACCCACAUCAGGGUGGUAAUGUGUGACAGUCUCUUAGACAUAACAAGGACGGAUUAUAUUACUUUAGAGAGAAUAGCUUUUCAAAGUAAGAUGCCUUGCUUCCCAGAAUUUCUGGGUGGCUGUCUUUCUCUUCUCAGCACAGUCCGUCUAGUAUUGAAUCCUUUCUUUUGGACCACCUCACGUGACCUUCAGUUUUCUAGUAAAGCCUCCCAUUUUCUCUGAAAAUCAAACUGCUUUUAUUUUACAGAGAAAUUCAGGUUCUAUUUUUUUCCUUCAGGACUUGUCCAAGAGGAAGCUUCACUUUUAAUACUCAAGCUACCCUGGAAUUUUCCUAAACAAAGAACUGGACCUCUAAUAGAAAUUUACUGAAUUCUACUGAGAAAUCUGGUGGCCAUACUUGGCUUGGCAAUUUUGUAAAACUCCUAGCACAUGUGCACAUGCAGAUUAUUGGAAUUCCCACACUUUCUGGGAAGGACUCUUGUUUUCAGUGUUGUUUUGACUUGGUCAUGGUUCCCCAUUGCUAGUAGUUUUAUGCUAAUUAAUACAAAAUUAUUGUUCACUCUUAAUUUGA